GCGGCGCGCGGUGACGCGCGCGGCGGCGGUGCGGGUCCCGAUUGCUGCAGCCGCUUGUCAGUGUGACGAAGAUUGGCACCCGAGGUUUCUGUCAUCCACCUUGUACAUAAGUGGGAUCUCUGUGCUGGAACAAGAUAAUGUCUUCAACUCAUUGAAGGAAAGGGACUAUUUGUUCACACUUAGGAUGAUUUGACACAAUUAAUGUCUUAAUAACCAUGAUGGCAACACAGACAUUAAGUAUAGACAACUAUCAAGAUGGACAACAGAUGCAAGUGGUAACAGAGUUAAAAACUGAACAAGAUCCCAACUGCUCUGAAACUGAUGCCGAAGGGGUGAGUCCUGCCCCUGUAGAAUCUCAGACUCCAAUGGAUGCAGACAAGCAGGCCAUUUACAGGCACCCACUAUUUCCCUUGUUAGCACUAUUAUUUGAAAAAUGUGAACAAUCUACACAAGGCUCAGAAGGCACAACUUCUGCCAGUUUUGAUGUAGAUAUUGAAAACUUCGUGAGGAAGCAGGAGAAAGAAGGAAAACCCUUUUUCUGUGAAGAUCCAGAAACUGAUAAUUUGAUGGUAAAAGCAAUCCAAGUUCUGCGUAUCCAUCUGCUGGAGCUGGAAAAGGUCAAUGAACUCUGCAAGGAUUUCUGUAGUCGUUACAUUGCCUGCCUGAAGACAAAAAUGAAUAGUGAAACUCUAUUAAGUGGAGAGCCUGGAAGUCCUUAUUCACCUGUGCAAUCUCAGCAAAUUCCAAGUGCCAUUGCAGGCACACUCAGUCCCCAAGGGAUCGUGGUGCCAGCAUCAGCAUUGCAGCAGGGAAAUGUAACUAUGGCAACAGUAGCAGGGGGGACAGUGUAUCAGCCAGUCACUGUGGUCACUCCACAAGGACAAGUGGUGACACAGGCACUGUCACCUGGGACUAUUCGGAUCCAGAACUCCCAGCUCCAGUUGCAGUUAAACCAAGAUCUAGGCAUCUUGCAUCAAGAUGAUGGCUCAUCAAAAAAUAAGAGAGGAGUUCUUCCCAAGCACGCUACAAAUGUGAUGAGAUCUUGGCUUUUUCAGCACAUAGGGCAUCCAUAUCCAACAGAGGAUGAGAAGAAGCAGAUUGCAGCACAAACAAAUCUGACACUACUCCAGGUUAACAACUGGUUUAUCAAUGCUAGAAGGCGAAUUCUUCAGCCAAUGCUGGAUUCCAGUUGUUCUGAAACUCCAAAAACAAAGAAGAAAACAGCCCAGAACCGACCAGUGCAGAGGUUCUGGCCUGACUCCAUUGCCUCAGGAGUUGCUCAGCAGCAAUCGAACGAGCUCACGAUGUCAGAUGGUGCUGUCGUGACCAUCACAGCUCCAGUGAACAUGAAUGUGGACAGUCUGCAGUCCUUGUCCUCGGAUGGUGCCACCCUGGCUGUGCAGCAGGUGAUGAUGGCAGGGCAGAGCGAGGACGAGUCCGUGGACAGCGGCGAGGACGACGGCGGCGACCUCUCCACAGCCAACAUCAGUGGGCUGGUCUUGGACAACAGCGACUCUCUGCAGUAGGAAGCCAGAGAGCCUGGAGGAAAAAAAACACUUAGGAAAAAGAAUGGACUGACUGACUGACUUUUUAUAGUUUGCACAGCAAACAUUUUACACAAGUUUUAUUUCUAAUAUGUUUUAUAUGUAGAUAUAGAAGGGUGCACUUUUUUGUAUUUCAUAGUAAGCUUAAAGAGUGUUUUUGCAGGUGCAGCAACUUCUUUCAAAUGUGUUUUGGUUUGUUUUGUUGGUUUUUUUUUUUUUGUUUAUUUUCCUUUCCUUAUUUCAGAAAAUUAUAUCUAGUAAUAUAAAGAACCACAUAAGCACCCCUUUGUUCUCUGAAUUGGAAGUGCUGCAGUUUCUGAGGAAUUAUGCAGUUUCAAUUAGUGCUGUUAUUUAACACAGCUUUUGAUGGGCAGGUGAUGUAAAUUUAAAGCAUGUGACACUAGUGUGUGAAACUUGAUUAUUGAGUUAGAUGCAUAUAUUUGAAAGAUGCUUCUGCACCUUAAAAACUGCUAGUCUGAGGUGGACAGCAACACACAUAAAAAGGAACUGUUGAUGUGUGAUUCAGUAGAGAAUGUAUGGCAAUUUAAAUAAGUUUAGUUUCUCUCAUAGUCCGUGAGCCUGUUUAUCAUUUGCUAUAAAAACUCCUAUUUUUACCUUGCUGGGGUUAUUGGAUAAAAAAAAAAUAUUUUUAUAAAUUCACUAGAAAUUGGGAUGACAACUGUAUUAAGCAGGAGGAAAAAAAAAUAAUUUCCAGAGGGGAAAAAUAAAUGUUUAGUAUUCCUAUUUGGAAGGUCUGAAAAUUGACCCAAUUUAAUAAACAAGCCUACAGUAGCAUUCUAUGAUUCUCAGCUAUCCCACAGUGAUAUACUAUAUUUGAUAAUAGCAUAAGAAGGGCCCACUGUUUGAUGGGAUUUUGAUAUUGUCAAACAUUGAUUUAUAUUAUGUGUAAACUAAUAUUCAAAUUGCAUAACUCUGUAUCUAGACUUGUAUCUGAAAAUAUUUGCUAAAUGAAUAUUCAGGUAAGUAAGUUCAAAUACCCACAACUUUUCCAAUUAUUAGAGAAAUUUAACAGUUUAUAGUUUGUACAACUGAAUCUAAAAAAAUGAAAAGUUGCCUACUAUACAGUCAUGAAUUCUGCUAUUUUAUUGCAUUUGAAAUAUUUUCCCCUAAUACAAAAAGAAAAAUAUAACAUGAAUUUAUAUAAAAUUUCUUCAGAUCUGAAGUUUACUACCAGAAUAUACAGCAGGCUUUGUUAGAGUAGGAAAUCCUUGUGUGUCAUUUAAAAAACGAAGAGCUGGAGAUAAAAACAGCUGGGUUUUGGUUUGGUUUUGUUUUGGGAUUUUUUUUUUGUUGUGGUAACAGAUAAUUUCUUUCAUUUUCCCAAAGUUUGAAGUCUGUGAUUGUCUAUCCAUGAACACUUGCUUUUGGAACUUUGUAUUUCCCAUUGUUGAGUACAAAUAAGAGACUCAAGAGCCUCAUGCUAUGAUCAACACCCUCUUUUGUCCCUGUCCAUUUGUCACAGUGUUGGCUUAGAUCAAAGCCAGAAUUUCCUUCUGAUUUUGACCAAAUCUGGGCGUGUUUCUGACAUGACAGGGAGAAAGGUGGUCACCUUUAGAAUCUUCAGGCACUGUAUUUGAACAAAGCCCUUUGGCAGAUGCAAAUAUUUAAUUGAAUACUUAAUUUGUGCUUCUCAGAACGCUCAGGCACACGCUGAGGUCCCCUUGGUUUCAGGAGGAUGGAGGAUUGUGCUGCUGGACAUGCUGAAGGGGCUGGAGGCUGCUCAUGGCAGAUUGUCUUCCAAGGCAAGGCUGAGUUGGUAGGAAGAAAAGCUUCAGGAGAAAGUAUCAGUGGCAUUGCCAUACACACAUGGAGAAUAACAGGAAUUCUCAGUGACUGGGAGUUGGUUUUGGUUUUUAUUUUUAAUGGUUUUUACUCAACACAAGAGGUGUUUCUGCUCUGGCUCUCACUGAGUCCUGGCUGAUGAUCUUCCUUAGUUCAAGUGCUGUCAUGAUCUGCUCCACUGGACUGGUGAUUUCUAAGAAUUUGUUUUCUUCUGACUUCUCUGCUUUGCCACUCAUGUGCCAUGUUUGAGAAACAGCACAGUAAAUGAAUAAUGGGAGAUGAAUUAGGAAGGCUUUGACAUAGCAUGGCUAUCUCAAAGGCUGCUGUCAAAUCCAGUUUGACCCCAAAGCACUUUAAAAGACAAACCAUGUACAAAUCCUGCUCCUUUGGAAGCAUUCAGCCUAGGGCCAGACCUGGCCCUACAAAAGAUAGCUCAGAUUACUGGAACUCAGAUUCUGUAUUUUUGGUUUUAAUUGUCUUUAACUCCAAGAGUGCUCCAUUACCCCCACCAUCUCCAUUUAGUAGCAGAUUAUAUUUGUUGGUUUGUUUGGGGUUUUUAUUGGAAACAACCAGGCCUCAGGGUUUGAAAACUUCUGAAAGUUUAUUUUUCAGAAAGAAGCCAUUUUCUAGUUAGUUUCUUUUAAUUUUAUUUUAAAUUAUUACUCCCCCCACCUUACAUGCAGCAGAAGUUCUCUUCUUCCAAAACAUGACCUUGUCUUCAGCUACUUUAUCAAUUCCUGGAGACUGAAGUUGACAGAGAGUACUGUGAAAGGGGAAUAUGGAAUAGUUUCACUGUCAGAUUAGAAACAUUAAAAAAAUACAGGGAUUUGAAUUCCUAAAACUGAAAAGGCUUCACUGGUGUAAAAGUAUUGCUUAACAUGUGAAACUCAAAUAUUUUCUUUCAGUUCAGUGAGAAUUCUGUAGUGGGUGUGAACUGCAGGGAAGUGCUUGUUCUUUUCAUGAUUUAAAAGAAGAAAAAAUGAGUAGUUUGGGGGUUUUUUAUCUUUUUUUUUUUUUUUUUUUUUUUUUUUUUUGCUAUGUAGGAAAGAUUGCUGGUUUCAGCAAAGCAUCACCAUUCAGGAAAGGUACAUGUUUACAUUAGUUAAGAAGUCUUUACAGGGGACCUGAUUUGAGUCUGUGUAUAAUUCCCCCUGCCCCCAGUUAAAGUCAUAUUCAUAUGCAAUGGAACUAAUUUGGUUUUUGAAUCAAUGUGAUUCUUCUGCAAACACAAUUAUUGAAAAAAAAUUUUUUUUCACUCUAACCCAAAACAGGGUUCUCAGCCCAAUUUUUUCAAUAUUCCUGGAACAGGCAAGGCAAUUUUCUGUUGUUUUUUAUUAACUUUGGAAGCAUUGCAGUUCAGCAAAUCAAUUCCAAAACGAUCAGGAGAGGUUUCUGACUGACUGUUACAAAGAAACAAUCACGUCAGAAAAUACUCAGAAUCAACUCUGGCUUUGCACAAGGUUUUCUCCAUCUGGAUUUUGUGUCUCAGUGGAGCCCUGCUGACCUCAGGGAAGCUCCACAUGGAUCCAUGUCAGGCUCAUUUGCCUUCUCCUGGUACCUGCUCUCUGUCAGGAAUAUUUGGAGAGCCCUCCAGCUCUACCUUGCUGCACACCUGGGUCUUUUCCAGUGGAAACCUGGGGAUGGAUGAAGAGCUUGGCAGGGCAGGAUUUCAUGGUGACCUGGGGUGCAACAAAUAAAUUGUUUUUUGAUGUUCAAGAUGCAGCCAGGAGGCAGAGCUGAGUGAGGAAUUGCAGUUCCCAGUUCCUGUGCUUCCAAAGUAGCUUUAGGUCCGUGGAUAUUGGAGUGGAAUAGGAGCACACGUGGCUCAAAGCCCAGCUCCUGGCCUGAGCUUGGCUCAGUUGGUCUGAGAUUGGUGCCAGUGACAGCCAGGGCACAGCUCUGAUCCCCACUUGGGCCAUUCCCUGGGGAGCUGGACUCCUUGUGGGUCCCUUCCACUCAGUUCUGUGAAAUAAUCCAUGGAUUUGUUUCUGGAAGAAUCACAAGUCCACCUUCCUGACUUUAGGAACUUGGCAAAGCCUUUCCAAGGGAUGAUAGUUGCACUUAAACAAACAAAAAUCCACAACACCCUGGUGUUUUGAAAAAUUGGAACACAUGCAUUUAAUUGUAAUUAAAGUUGAUUUGACAUUUUAUUUUCUGAAGCUGAGUCAUCUUGGGAGAAAAAAAAAUGAAUAAGUGUUUGUCUAUGCAAGACACAAAUGUCAAAAAUGUGUGAAUUACCCAUAUUUAGGUACUGUAUUGUUAUUGUCUUUCUGACUUCUGUUCCUUUGAUUAGUCUCUUCAACCUUUCAGCCUUACAUUUGGCUUGGAGUUGAACAGGCAAAAUGUAGUUUUGAAAUCCUGUUGGAAAUGUAACUAACCUUCAUUCCCUCAUGAAAAUCUCGCAUGUUAAACAAUUAAAUGAAAUGUUUUGGUUUCCUAAUAAUAAAUUCAAGCUCUCACCACCUCCUGAAAACAGCAGAUCCAUGAACAUGCACGUGUGACUGUGAUGUGCAAACCACCCAACCAGCAGCUGGAUGCACUUUGCUCUUGCCUCUGCUGAGGACAAAAGCAGCUUCAUUUUGCCAAACUCAAACUCAGCAUGGAUUCCUUCCUCCCCUCCCCUGCCCUUGGCAUGCUCAGCUCCUUCAAAGACCUUCUGGGUUGUUUAAUUUUCAAGUCCUACAAGAGCCUGAUGGUGCAGUGCAAAGUGCAGUGAAAUUGGCACUGAUGUGUUUUUUUGGUGGUUGCCCAAAUCAGGUAAUUUGUUCAUUCCCGUCACCUGGAAAUACAAAAUCCAUUCCUUUUCUGUGUCUUAGUUCUUUAGGACCUGCUGAGUGAUCACAGUGUUUUGCCAGAGAAAAGCAAGGUGUGAGAAGGCAGGGAAAUGCCUUUCCAACCUUGUAGACACCCAUAAGGACUCAUAGUUGGUGUUAAUAAAAUCCAGUGUUUCAGGUGGUGACAGAAGCUGCCCAUGACCUGCCCAAGGAUUGCAGCACUGGGUCUGUACAAUUGACAAUCUUUAAAAUGUGAACCCUGUAACUUUUCUCUCUUUGGUUGUUAAGGGAUUUUGGAGCAACUGAUCUAUCAAGGGAUGAAAUUAAAAAUGAGAAUAUGCUUCAUGGAUGAUUUAUUUUUACACUGCUGCUCUCUGUGAACAGAAAAAGCACAUUUUGGAAGCAAAGCAUUUACAUUGCUUUAACAGUAUUGUUUGGCUGAAAGACAAAUACGUUUUCAGGAAAUCUUGAGCAUAGUUUCAAACUAUUUAACCAGUUCUUGGCCAGGGAAAGUCCUUGGCCCUUGUAUUUGUUUGGGGUUAUUUGUUUAUGCAAAUGAAGAAAAAUGUUUACUAGUUCUUACCAGUGUGGGGAUUUUUAUUACUCUUUUGUAAUGCAGGAGCAGCUUGGAUGAAAGAAAGAAUUAGCAGGUAAAUAGUCCACAAUGUUUGUGACUUUGGGUGGGGUUUUCUUUUUGUUGUUGUUUCGAAAUUAUUAAUUAAAAUGGCAUGGACAUCAAACUUCAA